AUGAAUUUUUAUCUGCCCCUGGGGCUUAGUUGCUUUGAGGUUGUCAGGUCUAGGUUUUCGGACUGGGAUUCUGCCGGACUUUCGAAGAUACCACCUUCGAUUAUUUGUGCUUCUCGGUUGCUUUCACUUCGUCAGUUGUCACAUCUUCGACUUUGCCAGUACAUCGAUGUUGUGCGUGAGAAGCCGGAACGUUUAUUUGUCGUCUCGGAGACGUACAGCAAAAGCCUGGAAGAUUUUAUUGACCCCGUUUCCGAUGUGGAAUGGCUCACUGAGAGACUGACAGAAUGUUUAGAUGCCCUAGAUUAUCUUGACCAACACCAUCUUGUUCACGUAUGUUUGAAUCCGUCAAAGAUAAUGCUUAAUUUCAACGGGACCGUCAAAAUAAAUGGUUUUGGACUGUACUACGCCACUCACUGGGGAUAUGAUGUGGACUUUCCAAUUAUUGAUCCUAUUUAUUCUGCCCCAGAGACAUUUCUGACUUACUUUCUCUUGCGUAAAAACGAUGGUGACCUUAAACACAGCCAGGAAGAUCCAUGUCCUCUGCACAUUGUGUGCGAUAUGUGGUCUUUGGGUUUGAUUUUUCUUGAGCUUAUUUAUGGGCGUGGACUUGGAAACCCUCUCCGCAGGCGAAUUGACUCCCAACUCUCCAAAGGCUCGAACGAGUUAGCAUCAAGUUUGGAUUCAACCAAUCAGAAAUUUGCUGCGUCAACUCUGUUAGAGGGCUUGCGUCUCUCAAGGACGACUAAACAGAAUUUUGCCGAUUUCCUGUCAAUUACGUCACACAUCGACCCCACUGAACGCUCGCUCAAGAGUUUGGAGGAUAUUUGCCUACAAUGUCUUAUGUUUAACCCGGCGCUUCGGCCGGUCCCUUCUGUUGUCAUGUGUCGACUGCAACAGCGACGAAAUGCAUUGCCUUUGCAACCGAAGAUUCCUGAUACAUGCAUUUAUCUAACAGCAAAAGUUCCAGAAUCGAUAAAUACUAAGGAUUCGUGCAUACCUCGGUUGUUCGACUACACCUGUCACGUGAACACUGAGAACAAUUACUCGAUCGCUAAAGCUGCGGAUUUCCUUUACUCUCGAUCUGAUCUGACCGUAGUAUAUUAUUAUUGGUGUCUUACUGGCGGGAACUUGAAGUCGGUGUGGGAAGAUUCAACAGUGUAUCAUCCAGCGUCUUCGGAGGUUUCACACGUAUCGGAACAUUGGUCAGCUCAUCAUCAGGGGGACACCUCGAGCUCUGUUUCACGCAUCAUCCUGUUGCCAUUCCAACGGCUGUUAGAGAGGAUUAGCAAAAUGUCGUUGGAUGCGUUAUAUCCACUGCUUGUCCCCUCCUUCGAAUUGACGGCACACGCUUCUCCUGUUGAACGACCAACUAAUUUCUUCGACUGCGGCUGUUUACACCCCGAUGGGUACUUUUUUGAAAAUUUCACUGAUGGACCCGUGAUCAGACUCCAACCCACAGAUAAUCCGUUAGAAGAUCAUCCCAACUCAUUCAAGGCUUUUGAUGUUGAGUAUCAAGUUCGCCGCGUGUGCUUGUUCAAGAGGCUAUUGAACGGACUGCCCGCCACAGAAUUUCAUCUCCGUCUGGAGGCUCGCAAGGAUAUUCCACCUUUGCUACGCUCUCACGUCUGGGCUGCAUUGCUUGGUAUACACAGGGAUGGCUCAUUUCGAGAACGAUACGCGGCGACAUGUGUAGCGACGGCCUGUGGAAGAGAAGUCGAGGAUGCAUGUGAACUCGGAAUCCCACACUACGGAAAACUGGAUGAGAAAUCGGCCAACCAGAUUUCCGUUGAUCUGCCUCGCUGUCAUGCCUACGAUGCUUUACUUGCGUCUCCCUCUGGACAUGCGAGUCUACGCCAAGUUUUGGUCUCCACUCUCUCUAUGCAACCUACUACUUUGGAAUAUACUCAGGGCAUGGAUUCUGUCGCCGCCGUGUUUGUUCGUUUAUGCUACCCAGAUGAUGCUCUGGCCGCUGCCUGCUUGCAGGCACUCUUCUCCACAAAGUUGUCACACUUCUUCGCUGUCGGUCAGUUCACUGCAGGUUUAAAGGCGUUUUUCAACAUACUACUCCGCCUUUUCGCCUUCCACGCUCCAGCUUUGGCUGUCUGCCUCACUGACCUCAACGUGCCACUGGUUGGUCUGACCACCGGCUGGGUAUACACGCUCUUCUCGCAUGCUAUGCCGCUGGAUCGGACAGAGGUGAUAUGGGACACUCUAAUUGCCGGCCCACCAUCAUUGCCCAUGUUCUUUUACAUUGCUGUGUUUCUGCAGUUAGAUCAGCAGAUUAACUUCGAGUCUAUUGGCUUGGAGAAAAUAUGCACCGUGUUGUCCAACUUCCCGGAUAUCGAUUUGGACAAGUGUCGAUCGGAUGCACUACGCUUCGCCGUAGCCACUCCAGUUAGUCUCACUCUCGGGCCUGGAUUGCACUACCGGUCCACGGCGAAGACGAUGACGGCGACCACCUCCCCAUCCUCCGGCCUGCCGACUGAGCGGGUGCACCCUUCACAUUCCAACUCGGCGAGUUCCUGUCUAACUGCACGCGAUCCCACGGAUUUAGGAUCUACUGACAAAUCAUCAGUGCCUCGAUGUUGCCUCUCCUUUUAUGAGCGUCUGAGCACCCCAAACUCUUGGCCAUGCCAUCUUGAGCUUGGAUAUGAGAUAUCGCGUCCCUCAACCGGUGCCGACCCCAAUCUUCCGUCGUCCACAAUGGAACCGUCCAAUGUUUGGGUGACCGAAUAUCCCUUGGUAUCCCUUUUGAGUCCGGAGGAUGCUUUAGAACAUCUCUUGCGCCCCGAUUGUUUCGUUUUGGAUGUCAGAGAUCCAGUGGAUUUCUCUAAGGGUUUCAUAACCGGUAGUGUGCAUCGCUCACCGACCCAACUACCGUCGUUUACUUCGGCUCAUGUGGACUCUGGUGCGAAGUCGUCGUCUUUUUCCUCUCACUCCUUUCCUGGGGGCGACUGGGAGCUUGUUGAAGGCCCUGGCGGAUCUCGACGGUUUCCACGCGUUGUUCAUCCAUUUUUGGUGGACCUCACUGCAGAGGCUGCGUGGAUCCAAGCAUCUGAAGCACGUCGUGAAGCGGUCAUACGUCGGUCCCGAAACAAACGAACCUCCGGCAUACCGAACUCACCAGGUUUGAUCAUAAUCAUUGGUUAUGGCGAUCGGUUCUUGAUGCAGGAACCGAUGGAAAAACCCACAUCUAUUCUUGUGGCCAGUUGGCUAAUUCACCAUGGCGUUGCUCGUGUUUGUGUUCUCAAAGGUGGCGCAUCAGCGUUGUUAGGUCUGACCGCAGGGAAGGAGCUCUUCGUCCACCCAGUACUUUGACGGUAUUGUGUUUAUAGUUUCACUUAUGUGUAAUUUUACUCAACUGUUCCUUGAAUUCUAUCAGCUGCAUCAACAUGUCCCAUUGUUGCCUAUUUGGUAUCAUGAUACCGUCGUCUUUCUAGACCAGAUUAGUUUGCUUGAUACUUUUAUCACGAGUUGAAAUUUGCCCAUCCGAAAUAACGGUGAUUUCAGCUUUUCGAUUUUCCUUGUACAUCUUUUCCAUUGUACGAAUAAAAUACUCCGAUUGAU